UUUGCUGUUAACUUAGAUCCUGGUUGCAUAAGAAGUAAUGGUUAAUCAUGGUUUAACAUUACCCCAUAUUAACACAGUGCUAUGUGGCCAUAAAGAAAUCAGAAGAUUUCUAUUUCAUCCUUGGCUAUCUACAGUUUUGCCUCAUAUCCAAAUUUAAAGCAGUCCAUGGUUAGCUUGAUUAAUUGAACCAAGCCAACUUCAAAACAUCACCUGUAGGAGCACAACACAUUGAACCACAAUCCAGCCCACCCCCAUUUAAGCCUUGUGUGUUGUGCAAACUUUGAGAACGGGGAUGAGUAUAUCACGUGUAAGCACAUUUUGUGAACACAACCAUACUUUAUGAAGCUGGUUUGUUUCUGUAAACCACUGUUACAGUUGAACAAAUGAAUUCAGUUGUUGUGAAUUGAAAAUGUGGAAACCAAACAGCUAAUUUGUUUUUCCUAAUUGUGUUGAAAAAGGGUUUUGCAACUGGGGCUUUUGCACUUAAUUACAACAUGUGGAGGGGGAUUAUUAAGCAGAACCUUGCCAGUAUUUUAAGAAUUGUGAUUAGACCUUUCUUACUGUUUCUGUUCACAUAGGAUAACAGUUACCAGACCCAUCUUUUUUGUUGUCUCAACAAUUUUCCAGUUGGCAUUAAUUCUGCAGUCUUAAAAAUGCAAGCUGGGUCUGGUGAAUUAUUGCCCCUUGAUAUAUGCUAUGUGUUCCUUCUACUUCUACAGUUGAAAAAAAUUCAUGAGUUUUGAGAUCAACAUUCCCUUUGGUAAUCGAACUUUUAGAAACACACACACACACUAAAUGGUUAAUUUAAGAAAAUCAUAUUCAUAGGGCAGAAAUUGCAUAAAGAAAAUUGUCAGCAUCUUCAGGAGAGACACCAGUUAAUUCAUUUAAAUCAGUCUUCUCAUCACUGGAGGGUUUCAAGCUAAAGGAUGGAUAGCAGUUGGUCUAGGAUGGUCUGAGGAUUCCUCCCCUGGGCCGGGGUUGGACUAGAAGACCCAAACUUCCUUUCCAGCCCAAGGAUUCUAUGAAUGCAUCUGUUAGAUGGACCAUGUUACCAUUGUGACAUCGUCCAUCUAACUCUGUACCAUCACAUUCCCUCUCCGUGUGGUCCCAAAAAAAUCAGUGUGCCCCCUCCAGGCCGGUCCCAAUAUGGAAUAAAACUAACUUGAUCUCAGCCAAAGGCCAAGAAGCCAUCAAAUAAAUGCAAUGAGAAAAGGUGAAAUGUGCUUUUCCUCAGAAAUGAAGGUACAAAGCAUUAUAGAUUGAUGUAGCAGAACCACCCAGACUUUUAGGCAAGUCCUUCCUUGGCUGUGCUUUACCCUGAACAUAAAGUUGCCCACAGUCCUAAGGGACAUGGUCUUUUAGCCCAAGGCCAUACUGCUAAUAGUGCUGAUUCUAAAAGUGAGGUCGCACUGACACACCAAUUCUGUGUUGCAACUUGAAGGUCUUCCUGGGCCCGAAGGACCGCGUGGACCCCCCGGGAUUGGGGGAGUGAAAGGAGAAAAAGGAAACCCUGGCCAGCCAGGUCAGCCUGGACUGCCUGGACUGAAGGGAGAUCAGGGGUCACCUGGACACCCGGGUGAACCUGGCCGUCCAGGCCUGAACGGGAUGAAGGGAGAUCCUGGCGUUCCAGGAGUACCAGGAUUCUCAGGUUUGAAGGGACUCACCGGACCUCUGGGACCUCCUGGCCCUCAAGGAGACCUUGGGCCCCCUGGCUCACCAGGUCCUCCAGGGAUACCUGGUCCAGCUGGGCAAACAAUUGUGGUUAAAGGUGAUCAAGGACCACCCGGUCCUCGAGGGCAGCCUGGAAUGAAAGGUCUACCUGGACUCCCAGGACCUCCAGGUUUGCCAGGUCCAGUCGGUCUUCCUGGUGAUAUCGGACGUGAGGGUCUUCCUGGUUUUGAUGGUCCAGCAGGGCGUAAAGGGGAGAGAGGAGUCCCAGGCCAGCCAGGUUUGCGGGGUUCACAAGGACCCCCUGGCCCUGAUGGAUUGCAAGGUCCUCCUGGACUUCCAGGAACAGGUUCAGUUGCCCAUGGAUUCCUUAUAACUCGUCACAGUCAAACCACCGACACCCCCUUCUGCCCACCGGGAACCAGCCAGAUCUAUGAUGGAUUUUCUCUUCUCUAUGUGCAAGGAAAUGAAAGAGCUCAUGGGCAGGAUCUGGGCACUGCUGGCAGCUGUCUCCGACGUUUCAGCACCAUGCCCUUCAUGUUUUGCAACAUCAACAACGUCUGUAAUUUUGCAUCUAGGAAUGACUACUCUUAUUGGCUUUCCACCCCUGAGCCGAUGCCAAUGAGUAUGGAGCCACUAACAGGAAAGAGUAUUCAACCCUUUAUUAGCCGUUGCACAGUCUGUGAAGCUCCUGCUAUGGUCAUAGCAGUCCACAGUCAGACCAUUCAAAUUCCAUCAUGUCCACAGGGCUGGGAUUCACUGUGGAUCGGAUAUUCAUUCAUGAUGCACACCAGCGCUGGGGCAGAGGGAUCCGGACAGGCCUUGGCUUCUCCUGGUUCCUGCCUUGAGGAAUUCCGCUCAGCUCCCUUCAUUGAGUGCCAUGGCCGAGGGACCUGCAACUAUUAUGCCAAUUCAUACAGUUUUUGGCUGGCAACUGUGGAAAUAGCUGAAAUGUUUAAUAAACCUCAGUCGGAGACUCUGAAGGCUGGUGACCUACGGGCACGUAUAAGUCGAUGCCAAGUAUGCAUGAAGAGGACGUAAUGCAUCAGACUUGUAUUAAAAAAACACCACAGCAACUGAGAAAUCUUUUAAUGCACUGUCCUUCAGCUAUAAUAAUGGUGCUAUUGUACAAAAGAAGAAGAACUUUAAAGAAGAGAUGCUCCAGUUGAUGCAGAUCCCAGGGUCCCUCUCCCUGAAGAUGAUCCCAAAAGUCAACGUCUUGUGCUUUGGGGAUUGGGGCGGGUUAGAAAUUUUGCUAAUAAAUUAAUUAAUUAAAGGAAUUGGUCGAGGGAACCGACCUUUUAUAAGAUCUGCAACUGAGAACUGACCUUUUAUAAGAAAAGAUAUUCAAGACCUUUGAGGAUUGGAACGAUUGAAAAGUAAACGUUUUCCUGUAAGGACCGGAAAUGUUUUGCCAAGUUGCCCUACCGAAAAGAAGUGCCACCCCCCAAAAAAGUCCUACAAGGAGGAGACUGCUGUGCCAAGAAACCUGACAUCGUGGUGCUAUUGAUCCUACUGUAUCCCCAGAUUUUGAUAUGAAACGUUUAAACUUUUUUUUCCUUUGUAAGUAAUGAAAUGUGUAUAUUGUGUAAACACAUUUUUUAGUUUCCAACUUCUCCAUCAUUUAGACACAAGCCAGCCUAAGUUCACUGACUUCACCAAAAGAAAUCAAGCAAACCU